AUGGAAGGUGGUGCUUUACGUGAAGAAAAAGUUUUAGCAGGAAAAAAAAAGUUCAAGAAACUUCAAAAGAAAAAGUUAACAUCUGAUGGCACCUCUGCGUCAACUCGUAGAAAAAAUUCAGAUUCUACUUUAAUAUCAAAUACCAGAAGAUCCAGUAAUACUUCAGAUUCAGGAAGUGUUAAAACUGAAGGAACUGAAGGGACAGAAGUGAAAGAAGUUAAAGGGACCGAAAAGGCAGAGGUGAAAGGGCAAGAAGCAAACACAAAUUUUGAUAAAACCCCGAAUACUUCUAUCGAUGAUUCAUUACAAAGUUAUGAAAAUUCUUCAUCGGCAACGAGUCAAAUAACACAUAGUUCACUUGUUGAAGGUCUUCAACCGGUCUCCCAAUCUCAUAUACAACAACAACAAUCUCAAAAUAAUAUUUUGACAAAUCCCGUCGAUAUUAUUUCUGCCGAGAAUUCAUCAACUGCAAUCGGUAUUUCUGGUGAUGAACCAGUGUCAUAUGAAGCACUUGCCAAUAUAUGUCGUAUGCAACAACAGACAAUUGCUUUGUUGGUAGAAGAAAAGACAGCUUUGACAUCUGAGCUAGAAAAGUAUUCAGCAAUGACUGAUCGAUUUAAAAAUAGUGAAGAAUUAUUGGAAGAAGGUCAAUUGUUGGUUGAUGCUUUACGGCGGAAAAAUGUAGAAUUAGAAGAGAAAAUUAAAAAUGGUGAAGAUAAAUUAAAAGAGGCAGGUGAACAAAAAGAAAAAAUAAUAGAAUCUUUACAAUCUCAGAAUACACGCGUCGAACAACUCGAGAAGCAGUUAAAUACUAAAGAUUCCAUAAUUGAACAAUUAACUGCAGAAAAAGCAAAUAUUAGGUCAACUUCUGAUGAAGUUGAAACACUUCAAAAAUCCCUUCAAGAUAAAGAAGAUCGAUGUGAAGCUCUCGAAAUAGAAUUAUCUAAUUUGCGGCACUUAUUUACUAAUUCCGAACAGCAACUUGCAGAAAAAGAAACCAAAUUAUUAACGAUUGAAAAGGAUGCACAUGAAAAGAACACAAAAUUUGAGUCAUUGAGUAGUCAAAUCCAAACUUUAACUGAAGAAUGCAAUAUUUUCAACCAAAAACUGGAGAACAAAUCAAGUGAACUAGAAGUAAUGUCGAAAAAUUUUACAGAACUCACUGAGCAACUUUCAAAGAAAACAGUUAUGAUGGAUGAAUUACAACUUGAACGUGAUAAUUUAACAUCAGAAUUACAAAUUGCUCAAUCAGAAAAUUCCAAAUUGACUAAACGUAUUAAAGAUAUCACAAUAAAGGUUGAUGGUUUGUCUUCAGAUAAUCGAAAUUUGAUAUCUCAAUUGUCAGAAUUAAGAGAAAAAAUUGUGGCAAUAAGUAAUGACAAAUUAACUUUGGUUGAAGAAGUAGAUAAAGAAAAAUCGAGAGCCAGCAGGUUAACACAAGAAAUUGCUAAGAUACAGGAACGAUUGUCACUAAAAAAUAAUAAUGGAGAAUUAUUAAAGACGAAUGGAAUACCUCGCGAUAUUAAUUUUUAUAAUCCCUCAAACGAUGUAUCAAAUAAUUCAAAACAGUUUAUGUCAAAUCUGACUGAUUCAGUUUCACAAAAAAUUAAUUCCCCAAAGAAUACUGCAAAUCACCGACACCUAAUUUCUAGUGGUGAUUUUGAAAUUGGAAGGUGUUCAGGAUGUAUCGGUGAAGUAAUUGUGAUAUAA